AUGUUCGCCAGCCCCUUGGAGUUUGAUGUCGUUUUGCGCGCCAAAAAUGUUAACGCUAAUCUGCCUCAAUUGCUACGGCAAAGAGAUCGCAGUAAUCGGAACGCCUUGCAUUAUUGUGCCGCUCAGGACGUGGAACAGACGAGGGACCUCGUGGCGGCCGCCAGUAUUGCCAUCGCAGCUCCAGAGCUACUGGAGUCUGCCGAUGAAGAUGGCUUCACACCGCUUCACUUGGCUGUUAUUCAGGGCAAUUUGGCCAUGGUCAAUUUGCUGCUAGCGAACAAAGCCGAUGUGAAUGCGGUGGACAAUGAGGGGCAUUCGGUUGUCCAUUGGGCCACAGUGUGCGGUGAAGUGGAGUCGCUGCGUGCUGUAUUGGCGGCCGGAGCAAAUGUGGCCAAACCGGAUGUAAAUGGUGGCACUCCUCUGCAUUAUGCUGCUCAGAUGUGCGGUGCCAGCUAUGAUAGCAGCAAACAGGGCAGCAACUCCAGCAAAUUGGCAUUGGAGAUUCUGGGCAUUCUGCUGGCCCAUCCACAGAGUAGCGUGGAUGUACAGGACAAAGAUGGCAGACAGCCUUUGCUGUGGGCAGCAUCGGCAGGAUCAGCCAAAGCGGUGAUAGCCCUGGUUAAAGCUGGAGCCCGAGUGGAGAGCGCUGACAAAGAUGGCCUAACUGCUCUACAUUGUGCCGGUUCACGUGGUCACACCGAAUGCAUUGAUACUUUAAUUAGCCUGUGCGGUGCUCCAACUGAUCUCAUCGACUCAAAUGGUUGCACUGCUCUGCAUUAUGCAGUCACUCUGGGUCAUGCGGAUGCCACAGCGCGCCUGCUGGAUCUAGAAGCUGAUCCAAAUCGUCAGGAUCGGAAGGGACGCACACCGGCCCACUGUGGUUGCUCCAAGGGACAGUUUGAAACGCUUAAACUACUUAAAGAACGUGGAGCGAAUCUUUGGUUAAGAAAUGCAAAAGGUGACUUGCCACUACAUGAAGCAGCCGCCUCGGGCAGAAGGGAAUUGCUGGAAUGGCUACUAGCACAACGUUCCAAACAGGUGAACACCACCAGCAACGAUGGACGAAGUUUGCUUCACAUUGCAGCGGCAAAUGAUUACACAGAUAUGUGUAAGCUGCUUCUCGACUAUGGCGGCGAUGUGAAUGCCUUGUACAGAAACUCUAGAGGAGUGGUCCUCACACCUUUGGAUUGCGCUCUACAGCGCGGACAUCGUUCGACGGCAAAGUUCCUGCAAGCUCACGAUGGACAACCAUCGAGUAAGUUGCGGCUAGCGGCGAGAAGAGGCAAUCCCUUUCACGAGAAGAAUGCCAACGAUCUAGUACGUCCUCUCAAGUAUGUAGAGAAGGAGGAAGUGCAUGAUUUGCGCAGCUCUAAGAAAUAUGUUGUCUACUUAAAACGUUCCGAUUCCGAUAAUGCCGAAGAGAAUGGCGCGGGCGGUGAAGGGGAAUGCAGUUGCUCGGAACAAACGUAUCGCAGAGAGCAGCGUAUGGAGCAUAUUUGUAGGCGGCACAAGCGUCGACAAAUGCGCAGAAGGACCAGCAGUUGCGGCGAGUCCAAGCAUAAGAAAUGUAGUGAAAUUUGCCGAUCCAAAAGCAACAUAGAGAUUAGACGACGCAAGUCCAGGGAACGAUAUGCCAGCACCAGUGAAUACGAUGAUGAAGACGAUGAUCGUGAUGGAGAUGAGGAGGGGGAAGAUUCCUGUGAGAAUUGUUGCUAUCACAAGAGGGAGAAGCAACGUGUGAUAACCCGCAGGCGUGCCACUUGCACUAAGAAAAUAAAAGAGCUUCGCAAUGGAGACCAAAAUGAUGAUGAGGAUGAUGAAAAAGAGACGCAUGGCCGAAAUGGAGAACAUAAUGUGCCCAUUUUAAGAGAAAGCAGUGCCAAUAAUAGCAAGAUAUUGGCCGCCAAGGAGGCAACAUUCAUCAAAUCACCUCCACAGAGUGCCAAGCAGAGCGAUAAACCCGCCGAGCCGGAAACCCUACAAGUAGAGGAAUUACAUGCCGUAGAGCUAACCGAUGAAGAGCAUGACACGGCAGCUAAAUCUGUGGUAACCCAAGUGGAUGUCCAUCACGAUGCCGAACAGAUGCCAGAUCAAUCCAAGUCUUCAGAAGAAGUACCGACGCCUUCCAAAGAGCCGGAACCUGCACCGAAACCGGAACCGGAGAAAGAGGCCAAAGUUGAGUUAAGUGAAGAGGAAACCCAAUUGGUGUCCAAGGAAGUUGAACAAGUGAUCAAAAUAGCAGCCACCGCUUUGAGUAGCGAGUCCAAAAGUUCAAUGGAAGAGACUUCAUCGGUAAAGGAGAAGCCAAUGGAGCAGAGUAAAGCUAGUGCCACUGCCAUGAAGGAAUUAGAGAACGAAGCGUCCAACGCCAAGCCAACAGUAACAGCAACAGCAACAACACCAACACCAACCCAACCAACCCCACCGCCAGAAAUUCAUUCAGAUCCACUUCCAAUUGCAGCUGAGCCAGCAGCUGCCAAGCCACAGACGGCAGCCACAGAGAAACCACAGGCAGUUGCUCCCAAUGCUAAAGAGAGAGAAACACCAGUAGCAGUAGCAGCAGCUGAAGCUGUCAAGAAACGAGAGCAGCAGCCAGCUUCGGUUUCGACUGGGCCCAAACAACCGCAGCCUGAGCCCAAAAAGCCACCAACCGCAGAGCCUCCACGGCCUCCACCGUCCUCCCAAACACAUCAGCAACAGCAGCCGCCGGCGCCACAGCCCCAGCCACAGCGAGAGCAAGAAUCAAGACGUUCUUUUACUCUACUGCCAUCCGAUUCGGCUGAUGAUGAACUAGUUCCAACUCAACCCAAUUCUAAACCAGCCGAUGAACCCGAAACCGAACGCAAAUCAAGCUUCCAAAUACUCAAGAGCGACGACUCGAUGGUCGAACUGGAAGACACACUACGCUCUAGUAACCAAGUAUUUCAAGUGGUCCAGAAUGGCAACUCAGGUGCUGCGUCGGUUAAACUCCCCAGUGCCGCGGAACUGGAGAAAAUGGAUUACGAUUUUGAAGAGUUUGAUCCGGAUAACGAUGUGGAUGAUGAUAUCGAUGAUCCAGAUGGCAUUGACCCGGAGCACGAUAGUGCUUUGCGUCGCUUCCUCAGUAGUGGCAAUCGUCAUGGUGUAGGUGUCGAUAUGACCACCAGUGAUGCAGCUGCUGCAGCCGAUGCCCUGGCAAUGGGCAAUGGACGCAAGCGUCGCCUUAAGAAACGUGUUCGUAGUGGGGCCAAGACGCGACAGAAUUGGAAAAAUGCCCAGGAUGCACGGGAUGGACAGGCUUUGGCCACCAGCAAGGAUCAGGAUUCUGGCUUUGAGCCCAGUCCCAGGGCAGAGCGUACUAAGAUUCCCACACCACGCACAGCCCACACGGCUGUGCCAAGGCGACCCAUUUAUGCCACUCUAGACGGCAGAUCCUGCAGCAGUCGUCACGAGAAUCGAAAGCCUGGCGAUAAGGGUGCCUGCGACAUGACCAGUGUCACGCGCUCCAUUCAACGCAACAUUCGUAGAUAUUACAUGGAGCGCAAGAUCUUUCAGCAUUUGCUGGAGCUGAAAUCCCUACAGAUACGUUCCAGUAAACUGAAUGAGUCGGUUCUUGUUAAGCGGGCCGUCGACGACUAUCACAAAUCAUGUGUGCUUCUUGGCGGUGAAACUGGCACCAGACUGCGACGAUAUAAUUUCACUGAAUAUACAUUCAAGAAUUUUGAGCUUUUUCUAUACGAGACUCUCAAGGGAUUACAAAAACCGGGCACUAACAAUUUUCAGAACAUUAAUGAAGUUUAUGAAGAGGCUGAACGACGUCUAAGUCCGGACUACAAUGCCUACGAGAAGGCUUUGCAAUGCACUACGAAGACGCAUCGCUGUCUGCAUGCUGCCCAUGCCUAUACAGGCAUUCCCUGUGCCGCCUACAUUCCCAUGAUGAAUCAUCAUACCAUGCCCAAGUUUGGCUUUGGUGCCUAUAAGAAGAGCGAUAAUGUUAGCAGUUUUUAUUUGCCGAAAAUAUUAACCAGUGGACGAGCCUCAAGUGGUGGUGUUGGUGGCGGUGGUGCUGGUUACAUUGGCGGUGGGCGUGGCAAUCGAUGCAACCACAAGGUUGCACUGGAGCUGUCGCAUGGCAAGAAUAAACAACUAAUUUCACUGCCAGCGGAAAAGUUGGACAGCAAUAAACGUUACUAUGUGACAUUCACAGUUAAGGAGUCCUCUGGGCAGGAGUCACACAAGCAGAUCCAACAACAACAACAACAACUAUGCGCAAAUACCGCUAGCGAGCCAAGCGGCAAGUAACAACACGCGGCAUACAUAUAUGUAAUCCAAUGCGUAUGCGCCAUUGCCAUCAGCAUGGCCACAUCCACAACCACCACCUCGUCCACCAUCUUCCAUUUGCCGUCAUCCAGUCACCCCAAACCUCAUCCUCAUGCUCAUCGCCGACGCUAUUGUUGUUGCUCCAAAUGCAUUAAAACAAUGCAAUUGCAACAUUUUGUGCUGCUGCUGCUGCUGCUUCAGUUGCCUCUGACCGACAGUCCGACCGCCCGUUGUUCGCGUGCCGUUUUUUUCCUUUUUGUGUUCCUAGUUGGUUCCUGUUUUGAUGCUGUUCUAUGUAAAAUACCACGCAAAUGACAAUUGACUCUUGGCGAAAGCAUAUUAGGCUUGCAGCCAGGUAUGUAAUCGUACUUAUUACUUCGAGAUGAUUAUGCGGUAUACCGAAUGAAACUGCUCUAGACAGUGAGCUCCUAUUUUUCGGAUGAAUAUUCUGAAAAAGAAGACAUUAUUAGAUCAUUCUUUAGAUGCAUAUAAUACAGAGAUACAGUAAAGCCAAUAUUCUUUCAA